AUGCCAGACCCCACACAAUCACCCGCCUUCCGCACAAUCCUCCGCAAAACAAAAGUCCUCCAAGGACCCUUCCACCCGCUCAGCAUAACCAACACACCCGCCACCCCACACACAUUCUUCAAAGAAUGGUAUCAAGAAGCCCUAGACUCCAACAUCCUUGAACCACACGCAAUGACCCUCUCAACAAUCGACUCAUCAGGCUACCCGGACGCACGAGUCCUAAUUCUCAAAAACCUCGACUCACGCGGUUGGCACUUCGCUAUCAAAGCCGAUUCUCCAAAGGGCCAACAACUAGCCAAUAAUCCGCGCGCCGCGUUGACUUUUUACUGGCCGGCUAUGGCGAGGCAGAUUCGUGUUAGGGGGGGUUGCGGUGUGUUUGCCGGAUGA